AUGGCGGUGGACGUCAUGGAUCCAUGCGACACCUCCCUGGUGGGCAAGGGCUUCUUCAAUGCCACCUCCAACUUUCGGAACAUGGUCCGCUCGAUGCCUACCAUCUUCAACCCUUCGGCGGUGGGAGCCAUCCAAGCUGCCAUCGAAUGCUUCCCGCCAAAGAUCCUCGCUGGCCGAGCGAAUUCGUACUUGCGGCCGCUGUCCAUCGAGAGAUGUGUUAAUCGCACUGGCUACAAAGACUUUGCCGGCGUGUUCUAUCCACAUGUUUGGCGGAAGAUCAGCGCCGUGCGACGCGCACGCCUGAAGAAGUGCCGCCCUCUGGGGCAUAUGCUGACGGCGCUGAACUGCCUCGGCUAUGACCUCGAGGUCUCCUUGGCCUUGAUCCGCGAAGGCCGGAUGAAGACCGACUAUGAUGGACUGGUCCAGAUGAUGGGCAGACCUCUGAAGCGCUGGGUGGCAAAGUGGCCCAAUGAGUCCUCUCUCGUUGUCUUGACCAGUGGCUCGGGACGGCUGUUCCACCCUGCUCUUCAGGGCCAACACGCUCGGAAAGCGACCCUUGUGACCUACGCUGGGUCGUCGGAGUGGCUGACAUCGAACUUCGCCUUCCACUUCACCUUGGGCAUCGCUCGCGAGCUGAAUGUCUCAAGGAGGGGCCCGACCUCCCACUGCGGUGCGGGCUACCCCAAGGAGAGUCGGGCGCUGGGAAGAAUGUAUUACUACUACCCCGACAUUUGGAAGAAUGAUGUCACAAUCCAGUACCCUUGCUCCUACGAUUCGAAGAAGCACUGGCGGGGACCUCACGGUCGCUCGUGGCUCGCUUCCUUUGUCGGGUCCCCGACGCACUGCUCCAGGCAAGAUCUGCUGGAGCGUUGGCAGGGCAGGGAGGGCUCCAGGAUCAAGGUGAUCCCGACGGUCUACACCGAGGGCCUCUACUCGGAGAUCCUCCAGAAGAGCCGCUACUGUCUGGUCUUGGAUGGCCACUAUCCGUGGACGAUCCGCUACCUCGACGUCCUUCAGCACGGAUGCGUGCCAGUGGUGGUGUCGCUGUCUUGGCACCCGCCACUCCACCGAUUGCUCGACUGGCAGAGCGCCAUCGACGGUCGAGGGUUUCCAACCAUCCUGCUACAUCCUGACCUGGUGCCUUCGUUGGAUGUCAUUCUGGCUGCCAUCGAUGAGGGUCUUUGGCUGCGAAUGCAGGAUGCCACCUUGAACCUGGCACGGCUCCUUGACCCCCGGUGCCUUUGCAUGCUGUUGGGCUGCUGUUGGGGCUGCCGAAUGGCUGGGGUCCGCCUGUACUCCUGGACUCCCAAUGCCAUCCUGGCUGAGAUCUUUCUAUCCAUUCUCUCGCGGUCAUCUUCAACGUCAUAG